AUGAGCCAGGAAGGUGAACAUCCGUACAACACACGUCUUGCUGCCCAGUCACGCGCUGCUGAGGAGGUGACAAGAGCCACCGAGCUCCAACGAGACAGCAGGCAACGCAAUGAUCGCGGCGCACCAGACCAGCUCCAAGAAAAAGUCGCCCAGCUUUCGCGACUGCAGGAGGAGAUUCGGGAGCUCGGCGGCUCUACUCCUGCUUCCUCAACACCAUCGUUCCAGCUGGAUUCAGGCCCGGGCAACGCAAGCUUGGGACAGCUCACCGAGGCCCUCUCUGCAAUGGCCCGCAUGAUGGAGAGGAUGAAUGCGCCCUCGACAGCGACGACUGUUCAUGUGAGUCCGGACCCCUCUACCGCAAUCCCAAGCUUUAACGGGGACAGCGCCCAAAUCGGUGCUGAAGGUUGGCUGGAAACAUUUUCGCGCGUUGCGGACUUAGCCAACUGGUCUGAACAACAACGCCUAACUGCAAUUCACCUCAAGCUGCAGGGCCCCGCUAGGGAUUGGCUAAUCUCGUCAGCAACAAGGCAUCAGUCAUGGCAAGAGUUCGAAACUGCAUUUAAAUCAGCCUUCGUGAUUGAAGAAAGCUUGCCGGACUUAUGGAGGAGAAUGGCCGAACGAGUUCAGAGUCGUGACGAGGAGGUGACGAAGUACGUCAGAGAAAAGGAACGAAUGUGCACCAGGGUCAAGCUAAGUCUGCCGGACACAAUUACCGAGAUUGUCAGAUGCCUCUGGUCGACUGAAAUGAGUUUCGCGCUGCGGGACAGAAGCUACAGAAGUGUGGACGAGUUGCUUCAAGCUAUCAAAGCGUAUGAAAAUUUUACAGAAAGCCGCGAAAAGCAAUUCCCAUCAGCACAAAGAUUCGGCAGCAGAAGCCGACCGAGCAGUGGCCACCAGCCAUUUCCUUCGUCAACAGAAGUAGACGAUGCUGUACGCAGCAGCACCGUGCGAGAAGGAGUGCGACACGCGGACGGAGUACAUUGUUACAACUGCCAAAAAACGGGCCACCUGUCGCGUCAGUGUUCUGAGCCACGGCGCCCACUUCACUGCACGAAGUGCAAUUACGAUGGGCACAGCGCGAAAUUUUGUCCGAAUCAGGGCCGCUCAGAGAACGUGACCAAUAUUGUACGCACCACGCCUUCAAAGAGGGUGUACAAAAGCGUUUGCAUUGACGGCGAAUGGAUGCCCGCUCUUCUCGAUACGGGUGCCGAUGAGAGCUUGAUCAAGCUGACGCCUGCCGUGCAGCUGAACAGGGAGCUUACGGCACCUCCCGGAGCGGCCAUACGCGGUGUGGGUGGACAGCGGUCAUCCCUCGGCGAACUAGACUUAAGGGUGCGCGUCGAUGAUGUUGGUCUUCCCGCCGUCCACUUUUUCAUAGUCAGCGACGACGCCUUUGUUGGACCGGACGUCAUCAUUGGUACGAACGUGAUUGACUUGCCCGAUUUGCUUCUGGUCCGUAGUGGUGGGUGUGCCCAUUUACUAAACCAAAGGGAAGCACAAGAGCUGGCAGGUCUUGUUGCAGAAUUGGAAAGACCGAGAGAGGUCGUCAAGUGUCGCGAAAGCGUUGAGGCUGCCCCUCGGACGGUUCUGUCUGUGUGA